CUAAUAAUCUUCUCUGUCCGUGUAAUUUUUGACUCAGACGUCCACCUUCGCCUCCCCGAGCACAACCAACAUAAGGAAACUGACAACACAACAAAAUGUCCUCUACAGAAACCUACAAAGCAGCUUUCGACGAACCUCCAUCCAGCAAAGUAUCUGGGACGGCAGAAACGAGCUCGUUGGUAUCCCCCUACUUCUCCUACGGACUCCCUUACAGAGAAGCCUGCGCAAAGCACGUUACCGAAACCUUCAAAUGCUCUCGUGUCUAUAUCAUCGCCUCCGGAACGCUGUCACGGGAGACCGAUCGUUUGGACCUGCUGAUCGAAGCAUUGAAAGAGAAGGAGGUGGAAAUAGUAGGCGUGAAGAAGGGGAUGCGUCCUCAUACGCCGUGGACCCAGAUCAUUGAGAUUGCAAGCGAAGCACGGGCUGGAAAUGCAGAUUGUAUUGUGACUUUAGGGGCAGGGAGUUUAACCGAUGGCGCAAAGAUCGUUGUUCUGGCUCUUGCGAAUAACAUAACCGACCCCAAAGAUCUGGCCGGGUACUCUAUCGAAGCCAAGACGCCCAAAACGGGUGUGAAACCUCCUACAAUCCCUCUCAUCUGCAUCCCGACGUCCUUGUCCGGAGGAGAGUACUUUUCGCUGGCCGGAGGGACGGACGACAUUACGACAAAGCACAAGCAAGGAUUUCUGCAGAACGGGAUGGGCGUGCGCUUAAUCAUCUUGGACCCGGAGCUCUGUUUGGGAACCCCUUGGUUCCAUUGGCUCAGCACCGGCGUCAGGAGUAUCGACCACUGCGUCGAGGCGCUGUGCUCUCUCGAGGCAACGCCAGAGUCAGACCAGGAUGCCGAAGCGGGGCUAAGGCUUCUGGUUCCUUGGCUCUUAAUAACGAAGCAAGAUGAGAAGAGUGUCGAGGCGAGGCAUCACUGUCAGAUGGGAGUGAGGCUUGCAAUGAAGAAUGUUAGAGCUGGGAUUCCCAUGGGUGGUAGUCAUGCUAUCGGACAUCAGCUAGGUCCGAUGGGAGUCGGGCAUGGUGUUACGUCGUGUAUCAUGUGUCCUGCUGUGAUGAAGUGGAAUCUAGAACAUGGCAGAAACAACCCGGACGUUCAGGAGAAGCAAGACAAGGUCCGGAGCAUUCUGUGGACGGAACCCAGGGCAGCUGAGCUAUUCAAGAAAGUCGGGUUGUCGCAAGACAAGGCAGAUCUCGGAGAUCUGCUUGAUGUGAUUAUUCGGACACUCGGAUUACCGCGAACUUUGAAAGAGGUCGAUAUUGGAGCGGAUCAGAUUGAAAAGCUAUCGAAGAGGACGCUGGAUGACUUUUGGGCACCAACGAAUCCGAUCCCCUUGAUGGAUGCGGCGCAAGUAAAGAGUAUCUUGGAGAUGGUCGUCGGUUAGUUUAUGAUGAGUGAGUAUAUAUUGAUCAAUCAAGCCAAAUAUAUAUCUAAACACGCUUAAUUACACGACGUUGAAUUAUUGUUGAAAGGCUACUACUUCAAAGUGUUGUGCCGGAGUUAGGCGAGCCCACCCCCUGACAGCCAGAUGUGACAUCACUCGCACAAGUUUCCCCUCCCAUUUACCUCCAUCUCCAUCUACUCAUCCCGCCCCAGCAACCACUUCAACCCCGCCACAGUCUUCCUCUGAAAGUCUUUGCUAAAGUCGGCCUUUGGAAACCAACUCCAAAACCCAUGUGGCAAGCCAGGAAACACGUCCAGCCUCGUUUUUACCC